CUCAUAAGGAGGCGGUACAGGGUUUGUUGUUGUUUUUAGUAGUGGACCGUCGACAUUUUUAAAAAGACCCGAUCUUGGAAAGAAUUGGAAAAGCACAUUUUAGUAUCCGGAUAUCUUUUUUUUUGUCGACGCCGUCCAUCUGUUACGAAGCUUAAAAGAUGAGUAGCCAGUACCAGUGCAGUGUUCCGUUUGAGGCCAGGAGAUUGGAGGGAGCGAGGGUUCGUACCAAACAUCCUGACAAAAUUCCGAUCAUUAUAGAGAGAGCUGCAAGAUCCUGUGCCCCUGAACUCGACAAAAAGAAAUACCUUGUUCCCUCAGACCUAACAGUUGGGCAGUUGUGCUUCCUGAUCAGACAGCGAGUAUCCCUAAGGCCAGAAGAAGCGCUCUUCUUUUUUGUUAAAAAUUCCCUUCCUCCUUCCAGCUGCCCACUUUCUGUCUUGUAUGAGGAACACCAUGAGGAGGACCUGUUCCUGUACAUGACCUACAGCAAUGAGAGUGUGUAUGGUGCCUGAGCGGACAAAAAGUGUGAAUGGAUUUAAGGGUGCGCCAGUGAUAGACUUUGGGUGUGUGUGCUUGAGGAAGGGAUGGAAUUUAAACAGGGUUGUGGCGACGUUUUUUAUUGUUUUACCAGAAUUAAUCCGUUUUGUAUGAAGCUGAGCUUACAGCAUUGAACAUCAGCAUGGUUUAAAGGAUGUAACUGGUUUGUGUUUAAACUACUAUCAGUUUAAUUACAUUUAACAAUGGAAGUAAUGCAUUGUAAUAUAGAUGGAUAUGAUGGAGGGAAAGAAGAGAUGUAAAUGAGAUGUUGAUGACCAUGGGCAGUGCAAAAUUAUCCCACAAUUCCAUGACUCUGUCUCAGGAGUGACUCAUCUGUAUUUAAUGAAAAUACUUUGUUUUUUUGUAUAGCUAUAUGAUAAAUUUUGUGUUCAAAAAAAAAAAAAAGACAGACAUGCA